CCUGGCUGUAAUCCGUGCGGUAAGUGGAGGAUAAGUGGAGAGCCACAAGCGGAGAUCUCGACCAAGAUGGCAGCCAAGACGGCGUCGCCCAUGGCAUCCUCGUCGCCAUGCGCGUCGUCCAUCCUGCGGAAACGGCUGGCGCUCUUCCUCGGCGCAGCCUGUCUUCUCGUGCUCGCGCAGGUGGCGCAGCUCGGCCUCUUCACGAAGGACCACCACCACGCCAAGCUGCGUGGCCAGCGCCAGAAGCAGCCGCGCCUGCCCUUGUCGCCCGCCGAGACGAUGCACGCGCUCAACUUUACGAACGAGGCGCAGCUGUCGCCAAAGCAGCGCACGCGCCGAACGGCCAUCAAGGCAGCGAUGCAGCACGCCUGGAGCGGCUACGAGACGUACGCGUUUGGCGCUGACGAAGUCGGGCCCGUCUCGGGCCGGCGGCGGCAAAACGUCUGGGGUGACAUUAGCGUGACCUUGGUCGACGCGCUCGACACACUGUACAUCAUGGGCAUGAUGGACGAGUUUCACCGCGCGCGCGACUGGGUCGCGUACAACCUCGACUUUACCCACUUGGGCGUCGACGGCAACGUCGUCUCGAUCUUUGAGGUUACGAUCCGAGAGCUCGGCGGUCUCCUCGGCGCGUUCGCCGUCUCGCGCGACCCGGUCUUCCUCCAGCGCGCCAUCGAGUUUGCCGAUUUGACCGCGCCCGCCUUUGACGCAUCCAGCGGCGUCUUUUACACCGAGUUCAACCCGCACACAAAGGAGCGGUCGAUGCAUUCCUGGACACAGUAUCGCGGGCUCUUGGCUGACCUCGGGACGCUCCAGCUCGAGAUGCGGUUCCUCUCGGACGUCACAGGGGAUCCCCAGUACGCCCAGCGGGGCGACGCAUUUUACGCUGUCGCAGAGCGCGAAGGGUCGUUCAAGGACACGGGGCUCUUCCCUGUGCACUUCGACCCGAGAUCCAACCAGUUCGCGUCCACCAACUCGUUCAUCACGAUCGGCGCACUCGGCGACUCGUUCUACGAGUACCUCCUCAAGGUCUUCCUCUACAGCGGCAGAAACCUCGCCAAAGACGGCUUCCUUCGCCGCGCAUAUGACGCGGCUGUCGACGGCAUGGAGACGCACCUCCUCAUGAAAGGCUCAGCAACCAACGCCGACGGCUCCGAGGCCACGUACUACUACCUGCGCAUGCUCGAUAUCCCGGACCUCCACGGCACGCAGGAGCAAGACCACUUGCUAUGCUUCGUGCCUGGCAUGCUCGCCCUCGGUACCGUCGGCGAAACCGAUGCAAGCAAGGUCGCCCGCCAUCUCGACAUUGCCAAGAAGCUCAUGGAGACGUGCUAUGCCAUGUACGCCCGCCAGCCAACGGGGCUUGCGCCAGACCUCGUGAGCUUCCCGGGCUUUGAGGUCAAGUCGUCCGUGUACCAUCUCCGGCCCGAGACGAUCGAGAGCCUCAUGUACAUGUACCGGAUCACAAAGGACGAGAAGUACCGCGAGUGGGGCUGGGAGAUCUUCCAGGCGACCGAAAAGCACGCCAAGACCACGUACGGCUACGGCGCCGUGUGGUACGUCGACAGCGACUACUGGGUCGAGGUCGACGACAAGAUGGAGAGCUUCUUCAUGGCCGAGACGCUCAAGUACCACUACCUCCUUCAGAGCCCCGAGAGCUUUGUGCCGCUCGACAAGUACGUCUUCAACACGGAGGCCCACCCGUUCAGCAUUCGACCGGCGACCUCCGCGUAGCAAAGAGAAUGUUGCUCGGAUCUACUAGAAAUUGCAUGCACGUGUCAUCUUGUCA